UAAUUCACUCUCAAACCCCCCCGGGCAGUCUUUCCAUCAUCAUUGCUGAUCAUACAAGGGCGCCGAAAUUCACCCUUCGCUUUCUUUUAUAUACCCCAGCCCGGUACCUCCAUCUUUGUCGCGCCUCAUCCCCAGUACUUCCUUCGACUUCACACCAAAGAGUACCACGCUCAUUACUCUACCGUCGUGGUCCCUUCACCCAUAUCAUAGUCGACUAACACCUAUCCAACAUGUCCUACUCUUGGGUAGGAGCACCUGCGGUGUUCAAUGGCACCAACACCGAUCUUGGUGGUGACUCCAAUGCCGAAAACUUGAACCAAUGGUACAACCCUGGUGACCAGGCCUACAUCAUCGUGGCUUCUGCCAUGGUGUUGGUCAUGGUACCGGGUCUCGCAUUCCUCUACUCUGGUCUUGCGCGGAGAAAGUCGGCGCUCUCUUUGAUCUGGGCUUGCUUGGGUUCCGCUACUAUCAUCACUUUCCAAUGGUACUUCUGGGGUUACUCGUUGGCUUUCAGCCAAUAUGCGACCAACGGCUUCAUCGGUGAUCUCAAGAAAUUCGGUCUCAUGAGGACUCUCGGUGCUCCCAGCCCUGGUAGCCCUCUGAUUCCCGAUCUUCUCUACGCUUUCUACCAGAUGCAAUUCUGCUCCGUUACCGCUGCCAUUAUCGUUGGAGCCGUUGCCGAACGCGGCCGUCUCAUCCCCAUGAUGGUCUUCAUCUUCUUCUGGGCUACCAUCGUAUACUGCCCCGUCGCCUGCUGGGUCUGGAACGUCAACGGAUGGGCUUUCUCCUGGGGAGUUCUUGACUACGCUGGUGGAGGUCCCGUCGAGAUCGUUUCUGGUCUUUCCGCUCUCGCAUACUCCUGGGUCCUCGGCCGCCGCCAGGAGAAGAUGAUGCUCAACUUCCGUCCCCACAACGUCUCUCUCAUCACCCUCGGAACGGUCUUCCUCUGGUUUGGAUGGCUCGGAUUCAACGGUGGCUCUGCUUUCGGUGCUAACCUCCGCGCUGUCAUGGCUUGCUGGAACACCAACCUUACCGCCAUGUUCGCCGGUGCCACCUGGGUCGUUCUCGAUUGGCGUCUUGCCCGCAAGUGGUCCAUGGUCGGCUGGUGCUCUGGUGUCAUCUCUGGACUCGUCGCUGCCACUCCCGCCUCCGGUUUCAUCCCCCCGUGGGCCAGUGUCAUCCUCGGUAUCGUGACCGGUGUCGUCUGCAAUUAUGCCACCAAGAUCAAGUUCUGGCUCAAGAUCGAUGAUGCUAUGGACGUGUUCGCUGAGCACGGUGUCGCUGGAAUUGUCGGACUCAUCUUCAACGGCUUCUUCGGUGCCGGAUACAUCAUUGGCCUCGACGGCGUCAACACCGGUCUUUUCGUUGGUGGCUGGAUCAAGGGAGAGUGGAAGCAGAUGUACAUGCAGAUCGCCUACAUUGUCGCCGCCACCGCCUACUCCUUCGUCGUCAGCGCCCUCCUCGCCUUCGCCAUCGACAAGAUCCCCGGCCUCCACCUCCGCGCCUCUGAGGAGGCUGAGCUCCUCGGUAUGGACGACGACCAGCUCGGCGAGUUCGCCUACGACUACGUCGAGGUCCGCCGUGACUACCUCGCCUGGACGCCCGCUAAGACCGACGUCGCCGGCGCUGAGCAGACCGUUCCCCAGGGCGAGCGCCACGGAAUCCACCAGCACAGCCAGAUGCUCGAGGGUAAGGCCCCGAGCGAAAGCAGUGAGGGCGGCCACGCACACACUGGCAUUGGUGGCGACCGCCACGCCGUUGCUGCUGGCCCCGAGAAGGUCGAAUAAGCUUUUCCUUCGACCUAAUCGACCCUGUAUUGUUUUUGGCACCGAGUGCCCCUUUUUUCUUCAAUGAGCGUUCCUAAUCCUUUUUCCUAUACACUUUUUAUUUGUUACCGGAGUUCAAAGCAAGAUACCAACACCUGUCCUUUUUCUUCAUC